CAGCGGCGCCGCGCGCGGCGGCCCCUCAGCUCCCCGCGACAUGGCGCUGAGGCGGCGGCCCGGGCUUGGGCUGCGCGGCCGGCUGCCCGACCUCUGCCUGCUGCUGCUUCUCAGGGGCUGCUUGACAGGGGCUGUGAAUCUCAAAUCCAGCAACCGAAACCCAGUGGUACAGGAAUUUGAAAGUGUGGAACUGUCCUGUAUCAUCACGGAUUCACAGACAAAUGACCCCAGGAUUGAAUGGAAGAAAAUUCAAGAUGACCAAACUGCAUAUGUGUUUUUUGACAACAGAAUUCAGGGAGACUUGGCAGGUCGUGCAGAACUGUUGGGGAAAACCUCCCUAAAGAUCUGGAACGUGACCCGGACAGACUCGGCCAUUUAUCGCUGUGAGGUGGUUGCUCGAAACGACCGCAAAGAAAUUGAUGAGAUUGUCAUUGAGUUGACUGUGCAAGUGAAGCCAGUACCUCCUGUGUGCAGAGUGCCAAAGGCUGUACCAGUGGGCAAGUCAGCGACGCUGCAGUGCCAGGAGAGUGAGGGCUACCCCCGGCCGCACUACAGCUGGUAUCGCAAUGACGUGCCACUGCCCACAGACUCCAGAGCCAAUCCCAGAUUUCGAAAUUCCUCUUUUCUCUUAAACCCUGAAACAGGCACUCUGGUUUUCAGCGCUGUCCACAAGGAGGACUCUGGGCAGUAUUACUGCAUUGCCUCCAAUGAUGCCGGCUCAGCCAGAUGUGAGGAGCAGGAGUUGGAAGUCUAUGACCUGAACAUCGGUGGAAUUAUCGGGGGGGUUCUGGUUGUCCUUGCUGUACUGGCCCUGAUAACAGUGGGCAUCUGCUGCGCAUACAGACGUGGCUACUUCAUCAACAACAAACAGAAUGGGGAAAGUUACAAGAAUACAGGGAAGCCAGAUGGAGUUAACUACAUCAGGACAGACGAGGAGGUACAGAGUGAGGGAACCAAGCAGAAGCCAUUUAGGAAACCUAGAAAUCGAGGUGUUCCCAACAGGGAAAGUAACAUUCUUCCUCGGAACCCAAGUGACUCCUAUAGGAAAAAAGGGUGACUUCAGGCACAAGUCAUCCUUCGUGAUCUGAACCUGCGGUGUGGCUGAGAGAGCACAUGCAAAUACCUCCAGAAAUUCCCAUCAAGGGCAGCCCAGGAGCAAAGUGCACUUGGACAGAACUACCACUCAUGCAAAAGCUUUUUGUUUUGGCCAAAGUUGACUGCUACUCCUUUCUUACUUUUUAACAAGCCACACAAAUAAAAGAAUUUUCCUCAAGAUGGGCACGGUCAUCACAAGGAAGAGCACCUGAAUGAGUGCACUGAGGCUGGCUGCCAGGCUGUCUCUGCCCCGCUCCCACCUGAGUGGAGGGGAUUUGAAGCUUUUGCUCACGUCGACUCUGCAGCUGGGCACUGUGGGCCUGUGAAGCCACUCGCUAUUGUCAGCCAGGUGAGCCCCAUGCAAGGUGACAAGAUUACCAUGUAGUGCCAGCAUUGUAGGGGUUGGAAACCUGAAUCACAGCAUGAAAUCCUACAGCUGCAGUCGAAUCGGUGAAUCCGGAAAAGAGGCUGUUUACACAAUGACCCGUCUCCCAGUGGCCCACACACAGCACCUCACCGUUUCUUCUUAAAGGCUUUGUUGAUCAACACUGCCAUGUCCAUCUUAGAGAGUCUUUCUGGAUCAGCAUUUUAUAAAAACAGCCAAAACCAGGAAGAAGAUGGGGUCUUUUGACCCACAGGGACUCUGCCUGUCCAUGCAGGGUUUCAGUAUUUAGGGAAAUCCUUCAUUUUUGGCUCAAUCUGAAAUGGUACUGAAAUAAUGUUCUGCUUUUCUCUGGGUGUUUAUUUUAUAAAAUUUUACAUUCUAAAUUUUUGCUAAAGAUGUAUUUUGAUUAUUGAAAAGAAAAUUUCUAUUUAAACUGUAAAUAUGUUAUAAAAUGUUAAAUAACCUAUUUUUUUAAAAAAAGUUCAACUUAAGGUAGGAAUUCCAGGCUACUAGUGUUAAAUUCGAAAAUAUCAAUUCAGAGUAUUUUAACCCAAAGAAUCCUCUUAAGGAGGCUUAAUGGAACAUUCCUUUUGCCCCACGUAAGUUUUAGCAUUUUUCACAAGAAAACUUAUGCCACGUAUACAUGAGACCAUUGUUGCUUGGGAAACCUUGAAACAAUUCCAGUUGAGUAAUGUUGAAAUCUGUUUCCAUCUGUCCAAAAGAAACAAAAGGAGCUCUUCGGUUAGCUCUGAACUGCCUCUUCCCUAGAUUACUAAAACUACCUAUGCCCAGACCGUCCAGAAGUACUCAGAUGUACUCUGUUGGUCAGCUCCCGGGGCCAAGUUGGAUACCCUACCUAAGUUGGUGUUGGCUACUAACUUCGGAGGCCAGCCAGCGUGUCCACUGCCGUCUUUAGCCCCCGACUGUGGCUUUGUGUGAUUAGCUUUAACAGGGUUGUUCCUGUGCCACGUGCACUUGGUUUAGCCCAGGGCCAGUCUGAGGUGGACACUUCAGGAAAGGUGUGUGUGCUCUGUGGCGGCCUCGCCUUUGGGUUCCUGUGACAGAGCUCUUUUGGUCGGAGGGCCCACAAAACAAAGCAGCUACUGCUAUGUGGUUUUUCAAUUCAUUUCACUUAUUUGUGUGCUUCAUAAGACUGUUCAGGGCCAAAGGCGGUUUUGAAAUCCAAUCUGUUGACUACAGUAAUAAUUUUUAAAGAAAAUGAAUUCUCCCAUCCCUCUUUGCUGUGAAGAAGGUGCUGAGACACCGCCGGUUGUGUCUCAUUGACAGUCCACCUAUUAUGUGGCGGCAGCCAGGUCAGCCUUCUGAAGACCAUCAGGCAGUGCAGCUGGGGCAGAAAUCCUGACAGUGAGGAAAGUAAGAUGCCUGCAUCAGAGGCCAUUUUCUAAGUCUGAUUUAAAGUUUUUAUCUACCCAGACACUGCUGUGCACUUUGUGGGGACAUUAGAGACAUCACUCAAAGCCUUUGUUCUUUAAGAGCAGAUGUUCGUAGCCUUAGACACGUUGCUGUGUGGAACUCAUGAUGUGAAGUGGUUUGAAGCGAGGAGCUUCUCAAAAGGAGCGCCUCCAGUUCCACUGUGUGCUCAAAGGGUGGUUUCAUGUAGGACAACACAGUCAUCUUGGGAUUAAACUUUCAGUGUCUUAACUUUUUAUACUUUUUUUUUUAAUUGAAUACUUGAGACUGAUGUUGACUUUUCUAAGUUAUGUGAAAUACUUUGCCCUGGGGUAUUUGGCAGAAGCAGUGGGCAACUCUUUGUAAUUAUUUAAUGGUACCUAUCUUCUUCUGCAUUUGUGUCUUGAAUGCUUAGACUUAAGACUGUCCCUUCAUCUCCCCUCCCCUUGGUAGAAAGGCAGAGCUCCCCCUCCUCUAAUUGUCGGGCAGCAACACUCUGGCCUCCAGCUGGCUGUCAUAGUGAUGGGGAGGCCUGUCGCCUCCCUCCUUGCACCGUAGAACCUCCUGCCCUAGUGCCCUGGGAACUGGGUCUGACGGAGCGGAGAGAAGUGAGCACGGAGUCUGGGAAGCGGUUGUAGACAGAGAAGGAAGCCUCACGUGUUUGUAAGAUGAGAGUGUGACUGAAGACUCGAGGCUGUGCAAGGCUGUUAAUGGCCUUUGGUGUGGCUGUUGUUGUACAGAUAUUAGACUUGUACUAACACACCUGUAAGUUGGUAUUUGUUAAACCUCAUUUAUAAAAGCUUUAAAAAAAAAUCAACUUUGCCUCAUUGUUCCUCUUUCUCAUUUGCUCUCAUCUUGGGUUUACCUCUUCUUCCUAGCAUUUUGUUUGUUACACAAGUGUACUUAGAAUGGCAUAGUCCUGCAUUUAAAGAGACCGCCACGACCAUCUACCCGAGCUGGAGAUAAGUCUGUUCACUCAAGCGGCUCGGUGACCCCCUCUACCAAUGAUGCAUCCACGCAUGUGCCAGUUCAUAAAUGGGAGAGCUACGGGUGGAUCACAGUGACAAUCCACCCCUCAAAUCCAGCUACCACAUUUCUAUUAAAAAGUAAUGAGCCUGUACUUUUGCUUCAAUAGUAUUGGGAUUAAAAAGUGAACCAACUGAAUUCCUUUCUGGUCAUUUGUGGACAAAACACACAUACAUGUGUUUUAAGGUUACCUAAUGGUGCCAACAGAAGUGACCAAAGUCUUCCCCGUCAUGGGAGCAUCCCCAGCAGACUGUUCACACAAGCCAGCGUUAGAGCCGCCCUGGGUAAGGACAUGAAGCCGGUUCCCACGAUUGGCGCUGCAUGUAUCCACUAAGUACGUCUGCUGUGAGGAGGAGAUAGCGUCUGAUCAGGGACAAAGGCAGGGGGACAGACAACUCGAACCUUACAGACAAACUGAGUCAGUGUUUUCCUAACAGGAAAGAUUUGGUUUUAUUAUUCCUAUGUACUUUAUGUAAAUUAAAAUGACUACCAAUAAAAGUCUUGUUCUAAAAUA